UUUCGUUAUCUACAUUGAUGAUAACAACGGUCAGUGUCAACAGACCUACACCCUUGUCAUAUUUAUGCGCCAUAUUGGUUGAAGCAUAAUCAUAUAAACAAUUUUUUUACAACAUUCAGUAUCAUACGCCGACAAUGUAUUGCCGUUCAAAUACACUGCUUUUGGUGAUAUGUUUGUCUCUUCCGGCGUUUCUGCCGACGGUGCGUGGACAGCCGGCUGAGAUUGACGGCUGUCCGAUGUACGGAUGUCGCCCCAGCGGCAGCUUUUCAUUCGAACAGGAAGUUCCCCGUGGUAACGUCACGAUCGGAUGGACAACCGGAAACUUCCAGGGACCGGUUCCAGAUUUCGGCGGAUGUGCAGGGAACGGUGCCAGCUUGGUGUGCCAGUCGAACGGCCCUGGACCAGGCUACACGGGUUACAUGGUACUAGACCUAGGGUCCGGAGAAGUGCUAUGGCGCGACCUUGUACUGAGGUUGCCGACACUUCCGCUCGUUGGCACCGACGGAAGUUUCUGGGGUACAGACGGGGGAAACCUCAUGCUCUACAGUGCCGACGGCACACCACUGCUUCCGGAAAUGCAUCUCGAUCCCAACAUGCGACCUCUGUUCGGGAUGCAGUUCGUUGAUGUCGGGUAUGGCGCCGUUUUAUUAGUCUCACAACAGACCGGCGAACUGAUCACCACUUUUACCGAUGGUUUACCCCUUGCCAACAUGUUUCUGAACGACACCGUCCAGGGCGUGAGUGGCAAGUCUCCUGCCUGUCGCACCCGCGGUAACCAGUAAAAACCGGAUUUAUGUUCUGACCGAGUUCGCACCAGACGAAAAACAGAGAGACGACGUCAGUAUUCUCGGCCUCCAGCGUCUUUACGCCAUCGACACCUCCACGUCUGUCGGCGAGAGAAUGAAAAUUGUUUGGCACGCGAACUUCGAGAAUGAAUUACCGUCUUCCGGUGUGUUGGAUGCCUCACUACGAUUCGG